GCAUCCUCUCAUCCCUCUUAACUUUUCAAAAAGAAAAAACUAGUAUCAAAACCCCAAGUACCAGGGAGGGAGCUUCUUUUCCGUCACUUUCCCAAGAAAAUGUCAGCCGGACUCGGAAAAUGCAGCAAGAUCCGCCACAUUGUGAGGCUCCGCCAAAUGCUGCGAAGGUGGCGCAGCAAGGCCCGCAUGUCAGCCAAUCGCAUUCCGUCCGACGUACCCUCCGGACACGUGGCGGUCUGCGUGGGCACCAGUUGCAGGAGAUUCGUGGUGCGCGCUACGUACCUGAACCACCCCGUCUUCAAGAAGCUCCUGGUGCAAGCCGAAGAAGAGUACGGGUUCAAUAACCAGGGUCCGCUGGCGAUCCCGUGCGAGGAGUCACUCUUCGAGGAGGUGCUCCGGUACAUCUCCCGUCCGGAAUCCAGUAAUUCGGCCCGGUUCUUGAACCUGGAGGACUUCCAGAGCUAUUGCCAUGUCGGCAUCAGGAGCAAACUUGAUUUCUGGGCCGAAUCGCGACCGUUGCUUCAUGGACUUACCGAGAAAAGCAUCUGGUGAGAAAAACACCACUGCCAGCUGAUUCAGUUCGUGAUUUACAUAAAAAAAUAAAAAUAAAACAAGCGCUUUUGGUUCUGACCCGGGUCUGACUCAGUCCGAGUUGGCUAGCCUCGAGGGAAACCCUCCACAAACAAAUUAAAUAUAACAGCCUACACGUAAAGGGAGUCGUCGCCGAGUACACUGUCCAUUUGAAUCGGCCGAGUUAACCAAGGAGGUUUUACCCUUUGUUUUCAAAUUUUUCAAUUUUAUGGGUUGAACUGUGAUAUUGUUGGGUACUGGGUUUGUUAGCCAUGUACCAUACAAUGCUCCGGAGAAUGAUGGUGGAGAUGGCAAACGGGUGGGCGAGUUAUCCACCGAGUCGUCCCUGGUUCGAAUCGGAGUGAAGAUCAGAAACUAGAAGAAGACCGGAGGCACUUCGAUUUUGAUCUAAUCCAAGGCAAAUGGAAGUGAUGAUUAGCGACAUGGGUCUCUUAAUGUAAAUUCUACGAUUUAUUGAUUAAUUAAUGGAGAAUUGUAGAGAAAUUCAUUCCA